CCCGCCCCAGGGGCCGCCGCCACCUGCCUCCCACCAUGGCUCUGAAGAGAAUCCACAAGGAAUUGAAUGAUCUGGCACGGGACCCUCCAGCACAGUGUUCAGCAGGUCCUUUUGGAGAUGAUAUGUUCCAUUGGCAAGCUACAAUAAUGGGGCCAAAUGACAGUCCCUAUCAGGGUGGAGUAUUUUUCUUGACAAUUCAUUUCCCAACAGAUUACCCCUUCAAACCACCUAAGGUUGCAUUUACAACAAGAAUUUAUCAUCCAAAUAUUAACAGUAAUGGCAGCAUUUGUCUUGAUAUUCUACGGUCACAGUGGUCUCCAGCACUAACUAUUUCAAAAGUACCCUUGUCCAUCUGUUCUCUGUUGUGUGAUCCCAAUCCAGAUGAUCCUUUAGUGCUUGAGAUUGCUCAGAUCUACAAAACAGAUAGAGAAAAGUACAACAGAAUAGCUCGGGAAUGGACUCAGAAGUAUGCGAUGUAAUUAAAGAAAUUAUUGGAUAACCUCCACAAAUAAAGAUAGGGGAACUCUGAAAGAGAAA